CAAAUCCCAAAUACAUACUACCAGAUUUCCAAUUGAACAAAUUCCACCACCAAAAUGGAAGACAAACCUCUUGCACCCGCGAGCAAAGAUCUCCGCGAACUCACAGCCCAAGAAUCCUCCGCCGCCGUAAUCUUCCCCUCCUUCACCUCCACAACAGCCUGGUCGCUCGGUCUUGCGCUCCGAUCCCGAAUCCUCUCUCUCCCAGCGGAUCAGCGCAAGCCAGCUCUCAUCUCCAUCGCGCUAACCGGCGGGUCCGAGCCACAUGUUGUAUUCCAAGCCGCGACGGAACCGGGGACCUUCGCUGAUAACGAGGUGUGGGUGCGACGGAAGCGCAACACGGUGCUUCGAUGGGGAGUGUCGAGCUGGCUGAUGCGGAAUAAGAUGCUGACGAGCACUGGUUUGGGGGCAGAUCAAGUGGAGGCGGCUUUUGUGAGGAAACAUGCCUUGACGAGUACCGGUGGUGGAGGGGCGGCGGAUGACUUCGCGAUCCAUGGCGGGGCGUUCCCCGUGCGGGUGAAGGGAGUGGAUGGUGUUAUUGGCGUGGUGGUUGUUAGUGGAUUGAAGCAGGAGGAUGACCAUCAGGUUGUUUUGGAGACGAUUCGGGAGUUUAUCCAGCAGGGCGGACAGUGACGGUCUAGUUGUAUAGUUGGUGUAUCGGCCACUCAGUGCAUAUAGUGUUUGUACCAAGGAUGUCAGAAUUCACGAAUUCUUAGCUUAAUAGUUGUGGUAUUGGAUUGCAUAACAUACACGCCCUUGACGCAAAAUUAGUGAGAUGUAUGAUAUGACGGUUACAGUAUUAAUUAUUAUCAGGGAACGAGUGCUGUCACGACGUUAAAGACCGUGUACAUCGAAUUAAUAAGGAAUCUGAAUGUCGUUCAAGUUAAACACGUCUUCGCCCUAAUUGGAGGCUUCCAGUCAUUCUAGCAUAGAGAACUAUGGUCUAUAAUUCUGAUUAGCGCUACUAUGUAUGUUGUUUUUGUUCCAUUCAACUAUUGUAUCUUCUGCUAUACGGUGGGUCAGGGCCAAGCUGCUUGAUAACUCGCUAUGGAUGCUUCAAAGACUGCAUUUAGGAAAGCUUUGGCAAU